CAGAAUGCCGAGUGUUGGCCUGUGUAUCAAUUCUUCUUGCAAUGGUUAUGCUCGUCGUCGCCGCAAGAGCCUGGAUGCUCCUCAAGCAAGAUUCAGGAGACAUCCAUCAUCGAGUCCCAUCGACGACGCCAAAUGUCAUACAUGGCACAUCCACUACAACGCAUGAUACGACGACGCCAAAACUCUCACGUAGCACAACCACCACAACAACUACGAGGGGUCCCCUGACCGACAAAGAACUCACUAAACUGGCUGAAACGCGCCCCAUCACAGUCCUCUUCAUCGGUGAUCACAGCUACAGCACGAUAUCCAAGGAACAAUUCAUGAUAUAUGCACAAAGCCAGCUUAAUAUAAUCAAUGCAGCCUUUGCAGAAAAUAACAUCAAGCUGAAGAUGAAAGUUUACGACACCUAUGUGAUGAAUGAGGAACAGGACAGGAACCACCUCGUGAAAAUUCAUGGUAGACAGGUUGAGUCGAUUGACUCACAUCAAACCGUUGCGAUGCUUAAUAGCACAAUUGUUGAAUACCCUGGGACCAACGAGUCCGACAUCGUCUUCGUGUUCACGAGGUGGGUGUCGAUGGAAUAG